UAAGCUUCAACCUGGCCUGGCACCAAAACCUAUCCCUUCCCUCAGCGCACCCGCCGCCCCCAAAUCCCGCUCCGCCGCCCUCGCACCCAGUUCUGCCGCCCGUCCAGUUCCAUCCCUCGCUCAGCCCCAAAUCCGCCGCCUCCUCCACGACCUCCUCUGAAUCUCCUUGGGCCCGUCGCUGGGGAGCACCAACGCCGCCCGUUCUCCUCCGAUUAAUAAAAACGAUCAAGAUGGACCUGCUACCUGACGACUUGCUCGCCAACGUCCUCCGCCGCCUCCCGCCGUGCAGCCUUGCCGCGUCACGCUGCGUCCGCAAGGACUGGUGCGCCAUCAUCGACAGCCGACGCUUGCUGCGCGCCGAUCUCCUCCCUCUCCGCCUCGAUGCCUUCUUCUGCCUCGCGGACCUGCUCGAUUCCCAAAGAUAUUUCUUCGGACGCCCCUCGACAGGGCGCCGAAUCGGCGGCCGCCUCGACUUCCUGGACGAGGACGAGGGCGAUCUGCAGUGGGUCGCGGAUCACUGCAAUGGUCUGCUAUUGCUUUGGAAGGGGGUGGUUAACCCUGCCACACGACAAUGGGUGCCCUUGCCUCCCUACCCAGAACCAUGCAUCGGGAUGGAGGGCUUCUGUCAGGACUAUUUCCUUGCAUAUGAUCCCAUCGUGUCGCCGCACUACGAGGUAGUUUGUAUCCUCAGAGUUCCCGCAACAGAAGGCAACAUCAAAUUCAAGGAGGAGUCGGAGUGGCCGUCAUCGCCAUACACAACGCACGUCUUCUCGUCGAGGAAAUGGAGGUGGGAGGAGAGGUCGUUUGUCCGGGAAGGGGCGGCUGCCGGGACCAUUGCCGACAUGCGGUCUGAUUGGCGAGCACGGUACCGCCACGCCGUCUAUUUGCGGGGAGCACUUUAUGUGCAUUGCCAAAAUGAUUUUGUUAUGAGAAUAACCUUGUGGAAUGACAAGUAUGAAAUGAUUAAAUCGCCAGCAUCGAGCCAAAUGGCUGACGAUGGUGUUGUUUACUUGGGAAAAUCGGAGAAAGGGGUGUACUCUGCGUUACUUUGGGAUGAGAAUAGGUGGCCCCAGUGUCGAGUUUGGUUGCUUAAUGAAUCAUGCGGUCAGAUGGAGUGGGUUUUGAAGAGUAACAUCAGCCUUCAAGCGGUGGUGGAAAAUUUUCCUUUUGACAAUGAUGAAUACAGCAGACCAUGGAUAGUUAACUACAAAGAGGAUGUGAACGAAGCAUGGGCAGAAGAUGAAUUCGAAUGGGACUUUGACAAUGGUAUCAUCCUUCCUGAAACCAAAGAUAAUAAGGUGGGAACAUACAAUCACGAAACAGUUUUCCUCGGAUUUCAUCCUUACAAAGAGAUUGCCUUCUUUCUGGUAUCAGUCACAGUAGUAUCUUACCAUUUGAAUAGCUCAAAGGUUCAAGAGUUGGGCAUCUUAAAUGAGCAGACCGUAGUAAAGUCAUUUCCAUACACACCAUGCUGGAUGGGAGAGUUAUCUGAAAACAAUUAGCUUAUCAAAGGAAGGAGAGAGAAGAAGCUGAGCAGAGUCGUCGGGUGUGGACGAAUUGUCAUGUACAAGAAUUGUUUGUUGUUGUCAUUAUUCUCUCGAGUACAUGGAGACUUCAGACCCGGAAAAAAGUUCGCUCCCGGAUAUUUUGGAGACGACAGCUUAUCUAGCUAAAAAGAAUAACAAUUACGUUUAACAAGUAUCAUGAAGUUUUCGCACGAAGGUUAAAGUAACAGUUGGUCAAGAAAAAGA